GCAUCAGCACAAUCAGGUUGUUUUGUUGAUGGAGGGUUGUCCACCAUGUAGGAGGAGGGCGUGAACGCAGAGCAGCCUGAUGACAAGUCACUUCCUGCGAAAGGACAAUAAAAAGACACGGCUCACGGUCGGAGUCCAAUAGAGCCAGCAGACCCGUGACAACCUGAACUGACUCGGAACCUCACUGGGAGCUUCAGGGAUCACCAGCUCAGAAUGAGGCUGUUUCUGCUCAUCGUGGGCCUGCUGCACCAGAGCCAGGCGGCACCCAGACCAGGUGAACCUGACGUGGACGUCCACAUGUUUUUCCAGGAGCAGAUGGAAGCUGUCACACCUUCUGCCAUUGCUGCCAUUGAACAGACUGACUCCUCCUCCUCCUCAUCGUCAUCCACCACAUCAGAAUCAUCUGAGUCCAGCCAGAGUUCUGAGGGGACUCAACAAAUCAGAGAACGACUGAUCCAGGAAAACAUGGCCAUGGAACUGAUGGAUUCAUCCCAGGAGUCUCCCAGUGACAACUCCACUGGACAGUGGGUGGACGAACCUAAUUUGCUGAUGGAGGGGACGCACCACAGACAGAGUGAUGGCGGAGAAAACAGCGAAGACGUCGAACACCAGGCCCUGUUGCUGAACCUUCACCAGCUCCUGGGUAAACAGCACAGCGAAGCGGUCGAGAGUACAAUCAGAGAAGAGGGCGGAGACACGACUAAUGUUAACCAGGACUUGCUGAAUGAAGAAGGCCAGGCUAAUACAGGUGCCCAGGUUCUCCAUGAGCUGCACGGCAGCACAGAGCGAGAACAUGAGCUGACCUUCGACGAGCUGGACCACUACCACGGGUAUCAUGGAGAUGAGGCGGACAUAGAACUGAGUCUGUAAGAGGCCACGCCCCUCACCCAAAACAUAUCUGACAAUCAAGAAACAAAUUAAUAUUUGAUCGUAUUCACAUUUAAAC